GUCCUGUUACCCAAAAGCCAGGGCAAGCUUUUGACUGCCACCUCACCGUCACCACCGGCUUAAGCUGUAGAAGCCAGGUUUCAGACAUAUUGGGUCCUACACGGCAUUGUAGUGCAACUUUGCUUCUUCUUGUUUUGGUCAGCAAACAGCCAUCCUCCGUACGUUGCCGCUUCAAAAUAAUCCUACGUGUACCUGGUUUCAUUUCUAGGUACAUCUCUCUCUCUCUCCCGAUCUAUCUCCUCCUAUAUAUAGCGCACCCUCUCCUUCUCCCAAAUCUCUUCACUUUCAUUACACACGUACGUAAAGUAUAUAUGGGAAAUUGCUGCAGACGUGUAUCUUCAUCGUCUUCGGUGGUCUGGGCCGGAGACGACUGGGGAUCGGUGGGACAAGAGAAGAUAUCGUCGUCUGAUCAUAGCCAUCAUCAUGACAUCACCGAAAGGCAGAGGUUGCUUGGUGAAGAUCUAGAUAUGAUGGGAGGGUUUAUGAGUUCAAGUUCUUCUUCAACUAGGGAAGUAAAAAUCAAGAUUACGAAGAAAGAGCUUGAAGAAUUAAUGGCAAGAGUUGACAUGCAAGGUCUGUCAAUGGAAGAAGUUCUUGCUAGUUUGAUUAACUCAUCAUCAGCUGAUAAAAAUCUUGAAAUGGAGUGCCAUCAUCACAGGUCUUGGAAACCUGCCUUGCAGAGUAUUCCAGAGUAGAUUUAACCAAUUCCUUUUUUCUCUUUUGUAUAUAUUGUUUCUUUCUUUGGUUUACCUCUUGUUUUUCAUUGGUUAGAGAGGGUUCCAGAUUCUUUAGAUAUAUAUACGCUGUCCAUGUAUAUCAUUUGAUGUUAAUACACAGUCAGUCUUUAUCA